ACUUCCGGAGGUUCGCUCACGUCAUCAACUCAUCAUAGCUAGCAGCGAGCGCUAUUUCAUUGCUCCACCUCGAUGAUGGCGGAAGGCAGAGAAAGUCCUGAGUACAGCUCACCAGCGAAGCGACUUAGGCUCGACUCAACCGCGGAUGCCAACGACUCAUCUCUGAGUGCUGAGGUUCUGGUGUCCAGUGACUCUGGAUUCAGCGACUUCCCCACAAGUUCUGCCUCCAUCUCUGAGGAAACCAGCAUUGCAGGCCCAUCCAGCUUUGGCUGCGGCAACCCUGACCAGCCACAAGAUGAAGUGAUGGGAGGUGGCUUGAACUGCCUUGAUGCUGCUGACAACUCGUCCACCGUCAGUGAGCUAUCCGAUCUCAGUGGGAUCUCAGACGUCAGUGAUCAGAAGUGGCGACCAAAGAUGAGUGGAUCCAUGGCUUGGAUUCAAAAGCAAAUCGAAGCGAAAGUGGAUCCAAGGCAGGUGCUCAUCAGCUUGGGCACCGACCCGAGCCACAUUCCCGACAAUAUCAGCGAUGGCAGCCUCUGGAGUCUAAUCCUUUCCUAUCUCUCUGAACCACCAAAGCGAGAAAAGCUUCGUCGCGUCAACACGAUAAUGGAUGUGGUCCAUUUGUUGAAAAGAUCCACAAACAUCGUUGUUUUGACAGGCGCAGGGGUUUCAGUCUCGUGCGGCAUUCCCGACUUCAGGAGCUACAACGGAAUUUAUGCUAGACUGGCAGAUGACUUUCCUGACCUGCCUGAUCCGCAAGCCAUGUUCGACAUUGGCUACUUUAGACAAGACCCUCGGCCGUUUUACAAAUUUGCAAGAGAGAUUUACCCCGGACAGUUCAAACCAUCGCCUUGCCACAGAUUUCUUCAAAGACUGGAAGCACAGAAUAAACUGCUUCGAAACUACACGCAAAACAUAGACACGCUGGAGCAGGUGGCUGGCAUUAAGCAGGUGAUCGAGUGCCAUGGCUCUUUCGCCACCGCUUCUUGCACCAAAUGCAAGACCAAAGUCUCGUCGGACACCAUCAAAGACGACAUUCUGGAGCAAAAGAUUCCCUACUGUGCCAAGUGUUUGGAGGAGUCGGGAAAACUGAGCGGCUGCAGCGGUCCCGACAGUCUGAGUGAUUUGUACUCGCAAGGAAUCAUGAAACCGGACAUCGUGUUCUUUGGCGAGGGCCUUCCUGACGCCUUCCAUGACGCGAUGGCCGCAGACAAGGACAAGUGCGACCUGCUCAUAGUUAUCGGCUCGUCUCUGAGGGUGCGUCCUGUCGCGCUGAUCCCUAAUUCCAUCCCUUCUACGGUGCCUCAGAUCCUCAUCAACCGCGAGCCUCUGGAAGAUUUCAACUUUGACGUUGAACUCCUUGGCGACUGUGACGUCAUUGUUAACCAACUUUGCCAUCUCAUGGAGGGUGAUUGGCGGGGGCAGUGCUGGCUGAACCCAUUGAAUGAAGUGACUGAGCUGGAAGGCAAGACGGAAGUCGUCAACGAGUGGGACUUCACGCUGCCAAGCACGAGUACUGAGAGCCGCGUGGAGGAGGUGGUGAAGCCGAUUCCCAAAGACCGUCACUACUCGACUGACAGCAUGUUGUCAAAUGGAGACAGCGGCAUCAGUGGAGGCUCCAGUUCGGUGUCGCCGACGCACAGCGAUGUGAGCAGCGGACACGACUCGAGGCAGUGCUCCACCGAGAGCAUGCGUUCCGCCAGCUGCACUUCGCCCGCGCGGCACAUGUCUGUUGACAGCCUCGGCUCCCCGUCGAAUGGUGCAGUCGCCAUCCAGUCUGAAGAAAUGUUCAAGAGGAAGGAGAGCGUUGCUGAUAGACUGCAAGACAACACAUACUAUUUCCAACCACCAAACCGGUAUAUUUUUCCUGGUGCUGAAGUCGAGGAAUCGGACGACUCGUCUUCACGCUCAUCUAACGCCUCCAGUGGCAGCGAAGAAAUUGAGAGCGAAGAGGAAGAUGACAAAACUGAGCACCAACCCAUCGAUACCGCACCUCAACUUUAACGUAACAAGCAGAUGCUAUGACUAAAGCAUAAAUGCAUUUCACAAUCAAACGUGUAGCCUCUAAUUUAAAAGAAAGAAAGAAAGAA